GUUGCACUUAAAGAGUGGCUCUUUGAAAAUGGAGGCAUUUUUCACCCAUCCGUUGCCCUAGUGGAGGGUAUGUCAUCAUGAUAGAUAUUGUAACGACCAUCGAACAACCUUAUGUGAGCCAAUCAGGCGAAUCCGGAUGCUCGGCAAUCGCGCAAGCAAACCUUCCACCAGACGUCAGCGUCGCAACGAUCCCUGCUUCAUUAGUCGUCACCCCCUCCUUGGCUCGCGGAGCUAUCUACAGUCUGACCAGCUCACAUUCACUGGAGUCAUGGUCCGAGAGGCAGCUGAUCUGUACAUAUAUAUGCCUCCACUGGCUUUACCCAGAUGAAAAUCGCCCCGCAUGUUUACGAUAUAAGCCUUACCUAGACUGCCUUCCAUCGUUCGGGAAGCUCACGACGCCGAUGCAAUUCUCAGAAGAUGAACUCAGGGCAUUCGCUGGUACAAAUAUCCAUGGGGCAGUUCUAGAUCGCAGAAAACAGCUGAAACUUGAAUGGGAGACCUGUCAGCCCCUGAUGCAACAGCUGUCGCUCAGUGCUCGAAUUAAUGAUGGUAAUCAGAGCUAUUCCCAAUGGGAGAAUUGGUACUAUUCAUCGGCUACAUAUCUUUCUUCGAGGGCCUUCCCAUCCAGUUUACUUGAUCGAACGCCUUCGCUAGAGUCUUCGCCAACCAAUUAUCCUAUUCUGCUUCCGGUGCUUGACUCUUUAAAUCACCGCCGCGCCCAACCUGUCUCUUGGGUCAUUGGGCGCUCAUCUGAACCAGAAGUAUCCACAGAGACUACCAUCUCUAUCGUGUCGCAUGAUGCUUUUAACGAAGGACAAGAAAUUUACAAUAACUAUGGUCCAAAACCAAACUCAGAGCUCAUCCUUGGCUAUGGUUUCUCUCUCCCGAACAAUCCUGACGAUACCAUUGUACUCCAACUCGGUGGCUCAGCUAAGAAACAUGAAGUCGGUCGCAAUGCCCGCGGGGCCGAAACUUUAUGGGAAGAAAUGCUUGAAGCUGUUCGCACAGAGGAAACCCCAGCUUUUCAAACUGAGCUAGACGCCGCAGAUUUCUUGCAAGAAAUGUUACAGAUGAAAUUAUCGAAGGGACUGUUUCAAGACAGUGAGCCACAGCUGGCUCUACAAAUCUCGAACAGUUCUAUCGAGAGGGGCACUAUUGGCUCGAUGGCUUUGAGGUUGACGGAGUUUCGGGUAUCAUCCUUGGAUGUUCGUCCCGCAACCAGGCAGAUGCUGGAACAUUACAUGGAAGGUCAAAUAGAUAUUCUCAUAUCUCUGAUGGGUUUUGCUCAACGCAAAGAGGAACUGGCACUUGCAACGGCAAAAUCCCUCGGCGCUGAAUUCCUGGACGGAGAAGAAGAGUGGGAAGAUUAGUUAAGAGGCAUCCAUAACUUAAAGCUGGGUCGCCAUUGUAUAUUGUCAAGUCUUUCCGGGGUAAUAACACUCAUGAGAAACAUUGUGACUGUUUGACAGUUUACAACUUGAGUAAUGUCUAGUACCAUGCUUGUACUUUUCCCGAUUGUCUACCCCGGACUGAGACUCAU